CUCAUCCAAGAUUCUGUAAAGGCAGGACCUCCUUUGGAAGUUGUUCAUUUAUACUAUGAUGAAUGGCCCACUGGUAUUGCUGUAUCCUCGACUGGACGCAAGUUCUCGAAUUACCCUGGUGCCCUGGACAAGAACAACACCAACAAUGGCACCAAUGGCAAAUACACCGUUGCCGAAUUGACUUCAAACACCACCGAGGCAGCAUAUCCCAAUGCUGAGUGGAACAAUCCACCAGGAGGAGCGAUCAACUACACCACAUACCCUCCUACCGGAGCAAACUACCAAAACCACUUCAUCGGUGUUCAAAGUGUUGUGAUUGAUUCGCUCGACCGUCUCUGGGUCCUCGACACAGGCAGAGUUCAAGAGCCUAACGGUACCAUUGUCAAUGCCGUUGUUGGCGGACCCAAGCUGGUUGGCAUCAACCUGUCGAACAACACUGUCUUCCAGACCAUCAUCUUCCCUGCAGAUGUCGCUCCUGGAGACUCCUACUUGAACGACGUUCGCUUUGACCUGCGUCCAAACAUUACAGCCAGUGGCAAGGGAGUCGCCUACAUCACGGACUCUUCGAUCGAGGGUCGUACUGGCCUUGUUAUCGUCGAUCUCGGUACCGGUGAAUCCUGGCGUCACUUGCAGGGCUCUCAAUAUGUAGCACCUGCCCAACAGUUCCUUGCCUACGUCUGGGGCGUACCUAUCUAUGCAUACAACGCUGGUCAACCUCUUGGCUUCCAAGGCUUUGGAGCUGAUGGUAUUGCUCUUUCUGCCGAUGGCGAAGACCUCUUCUUCGGUGGUGUGGGAAAGAGAUACUUGUACUCGAUCCCUACUGCUAGAUUGCGUGCCCAUGGACCAUUCUCGGAAGCUCUUGCUGAGGCUUCAGUGGUCAGCCGUGGUCAAAAGGGUGUCUCGGAUGGCUAUGAGACUGAUACUAAUAAUUACAUCUACCACGGUAAUGCUGAGCAAAAUGCUAUCAGCUUCUACAACCCUGCGAAUGGAACUGAUUCGCUGUUUGUGCGCGACCCUCGUCUCAACUGGAUUGACACGAUGAGCACUGGUACUGAUGGUUACCUUUACUUCACCAACAACCAGCUUGCCUUUGGUCCUCUUGUCUGGCCUGGCACUGAUAGGAGACAACGUCCAUUCGCUCUCUUCCGCGUCAAGCUUCCCAACAACGCUACUAAG